CUGGUUUGAGGAACAGAAGCUCCGAGAGCACCUGCAGCAGAGUGUAGCAAAGAAGAGCAAAGAAGCAAAAACUCAAAAUUAUCCAAGAGGAAAUCAGAUCCCAUGAUUGCUUAAAUGGCAGAGUCAAACCUACCAUCAAUGCUCUCAGAGCAGGAGCUCACCUGUUCCAUUUGUCUCGAUAUAUUCAGUGAUCCCGUCUCCACACCGUGUGGUCACAACUUCUGCCAAAGCUGCAUUGGGAGAUACUGGGCUACCAGUUCCACCUGGAACUGUCCUCUGUGCAAGAGACAGUUCAGCGAGCGUCCCGAGCUCGCCGUGAACCGAGUCUUUGCCCACAUCACCAGCAAAUGCAAAGAAACGUGUUUCACGGCGGAGGGGCAGGAUCCACCAGCUGGCGUUUCAUCCCUGGUGAUCACCUGCGACAUCUGCACCGGGAGGAAGAUGAAGGCUGUCAGCACCUGCCUCACCUGCACCGCUUCGUAUUGUGACAUCCACGUUCAGCCCCAUCUCCAGAAUCCAAACUACAGUCACCACAAGCUCCUGGAUCCCUCUGACGCCUUUCAAGGUCGCACCUGCCCCAUUCACAACCGCCUGUUGGAGGUGUACUGCUGCACUGACCAAGCAUGCAUCUGUGCCAUUUGUGUGAUGCAGGAGCACUGCAACCAUCGCACAGUGUCUGUGCAGACGGAGAGGGCUAGAAAACAGAAAUUCCUUGGAAAGAUUCAGUUUGAGAUUCAGAGGAAGACUGAAGAGAAAUCAGCCAAACUCACAGCACUGACAAAUAAAGUUGAAUCCUUAAGGAACUUUGCUCAGAAUGAAAUUUCACAAGUGGAGAACAUCUUGAUGGACCUGAGUAGGUCUGUGGAAAGGAUUCGUGGGGAGCUGGUGGGAGGAAUAAUGGAGAAACAAGCAGCAAUGGAAGCCAGAGGAGAGGAGUACAUCUCCCAUUUGGAAGCAGAAGUGGAGCAGCUUCGAGAACGGCAAGCCAACCUCGAGUCCCAGGCCACCUCUGAAGAUCACAUUGGGUUUUUACAGAAUUUCCAGAAAGCUCUUGAACCCCUGGAGACAGAUGCUGACAUGCAACAUGAUGAAGAUGUUGUGGAGCUACCUCUGCAUUUGGAGAAUGUGAAGAAAGCUCUGAUGGAACUGCACUACAAGCUGGAGGACGUUCACAUGACGGAGGUGCACUCUGAAAACCAAACUUCGCUUUCAGAGGCUCAUAGUAUGAUGAGUCUCCACGGCAUGCGCAGGAAGGAAAGGUCAUUGAAAGAUCUUACAAGAGUCAGACCAGGAACAGGGCUGAAGAAGAUUCGAGCUUACACAGAGGACGUGAUGCUGAACCCAGUGACUGCCUAUCCCUUCCUCAUCGUGUCUGAUGAUGGCAAGCAGGUGAAGCGAGGGGAGAAAACCAAGUUGAACAUCAGUAGCCCCCAGCGCUACGAUGUUUGGUCUUGUGUGCUGGCCAAGGAGGGCUUCACCUCAGGACGACACUACUGGGAGGUCACCGUGGGGGACAGCAAGGACUGGAAACUUGGCGUUGUUCGGGAGUCUGCCCCUCGCAAAGGCCUGUUUGACAUGUCACCUCGUAUCGGCUACUACGCGAUUUGGUGGAGCGCGAACCAGUUGCGCGUCCUCACCUCCCCUUUGACCAAAGUGAAAAUCUCAAGCCGGCUGAGGAGGGUAGGGAUAUACGUUGACUGCGAGGAAGGCCAAGUUGUGUUUUACAACGCAAAAGCAGGGUCGGCGGUGUACGCCUUCAGCGGAGAAGAGUUCUCCGAGAAGAUGCUGCCUUUGUUUGGGACCGGGGACAAAGACGUACCUUUAGUGCUCGUGACGCCUGAAACUAACAUCCCUGAGUGAAAGGCAACGCUGACUAGAGUGAAACCGGACCGAGGAGAAAGAAACUAGCUUGGCAACUUCUCUGUAUCGUUAACACGAAGGUGAAAAAAUUAGAGAAAAAUUCCAUACGCAUAUGGAGCACUUCCUUCUAUGUGUGAGAGGCAAUCCACGCUGUGUAGAAUUGCACUGUAUUGGCUUCUUAUACAGGUUUUUCUUUGGGUAUGUUGCAUCAAAUACGGAGCGAUGUUAUUACUGUCACGUAAACUACUGUUAUGACCAUUUCACAUAAUCUGAGGUGAGAACAAUACCAGGACUAGUUCUCACUGUAUCUAUCAUAGAUUCUAUGGGCAACACCGUGGCACAGCAGGACAUGGGUUUGAAUCUAACUCGCUCCGUGUGGAGUUUGCAUGUUCUCCUCAUGUGUGGGUUUCCUCCGGGUGCUUCGAUUUCCUGCCACCGUCCAAAGACAUGAGUUCGAGAUGAAAUGAGAACUCUAAAUUGGCUGCAGUGUGUGUAUGAGUGAGUGUGUUACAUUGCUUUGCUGUAUAAACAGGUGAGUGAUUGCAGGGAGAUGACCGCGGUGUAUCUCGCUGCCUCGGACAAAGGUGUCAGUGAAACGCCGGUUAAUUAUUAUUAUUAUGUGUCACUUUUGAAAAAAAACACCUGCCCAGCGUCUAAAUGUUAAUCCACCGUGCUUUAGAUUCUAAGUCAAUCAGAUUUGAUUUUAUAUUGUAAUAAGUCAAUGAUGAAAUGUAAAGUUUCUCUGUUUAUAUCUUUCAGUACUACGGUUAGUAGCUGAACUAGGUUCUGAUUUUUCACUGAUUCGGGGUCACGUGUUCAAACAGUAUCUUAUUACAGACUGAAGUGCUCCCUCUUUCAUAACUUGCAAUUAUUUGUUAUAGUUUUCAAACUGAUAUCAGACGAGAAAGCUGGGUUUUGUUUGAAAUCAAC